AUGCCCGCCGACAACGACGCACACGGGCAAGGAUGUGCGGACCAAGAGAGGUUCGAUGAUGGACGAGAGGAUGCCGCGUUUGUGAAUUCCGUCGGCCCUGUGCAUCGUUCUGCGUCGCGCCCCCCGGCAUCAACCGCUUCACCUGCCGUUGGCUCACCCACCUCCCCGGCGCCCUCGGCAUUACCAUCGACAGCAGCAGCGGCACCGACACCGCCCCGACCAACUGUCCUCGCUUCUGAUACGGCUCCCACCAUGGCGUCGCCGCCGCCGCCGCCCAGUCCGCAGCUGCCGAUGCCGUCAAAGCAGCAGCCGUCGUCGACAGUCGACCUCGACGGCCUCACCAAGGGACGCAGCCCCGCCGAGCUCGCCCUCGUCAUGCUCGCCCUCUGUCUGUCCCUCUUCCUCGCAGCCCUCGACAUGAGCAUCGUCUCGACGGCCCUGCCCGUCAUCAUCUCCGACUUCAAGGCCCCCGGCGGCUACGUUUGGGUCGGCAGCGCCUACCUGCUCGGCAACGCCGCCUUCGUUCCCACGUGGGGCAAGAUCUCGGACAUCUUCGGACGCAAGCUCAUACUCAUCGUCUGCGUCGUCAUCUUCUGGAUCGGCAGCCUCCUCUGCGCCGUCAGCGUCAACAUGGCGAUGCUCGUCGCCGCCCGCGCCCUCCAGGGUUGCGGCGCAGGCGGCCUCGUCACCCUGCCCAAUAUCGUCGUCUCCGACCUCGCCUCGCCGCGGAACCGCGCCCUCCUCUUCGGCGUCUUCGGCGCCGUCUGGGCCAUCGCCUCGGCCGUUGGACCCCUCGUCGGCGGCCUUUUCACUAGCAGGCUCUCCUGGCGUUGGUGCUUCUACAUCAACCUGCCCUUUGGCGCCGCGAGCCUCGCCAUCCUCGUCUUCGUCCUGAAGCUGCACAAUCCGCGGACGCCCGUCAAGGCCGGCCUCGUCGCCAUCGACUGGGUUGGUAGCGUCCUCGUCAUCGGCGGGACCCUCAUGCUCCUCCUCGGCCUCGAGUUCGGCGGAGUCCAGUACUCGUGGCGCUCGCCCACGGUCCUCUGCCUCAUCCUCUUCGGCAUCCUCACCAUUGCCCUCUUCGUCCUCUACGAGGCCGUCGCCGCCGAGUAUCCCAUCAUACCGCUCUCGCUCUUCCGCCACCGCAACAGCGCCGCCGUCUACGCCCUCUCCUAUAUGCACGCCUUCGCCUUCUUCGGUGGCUCGUACUGGCUGCCGCUGUACUUUCAAGCCGUCACGGGCGUCGGCCCCCUGCUCUCGGGCGUCUACCUGCUCCCCUUUGUCCUCUCCCUCUCCCUCACGUCGGUCGUCAUCGGCAUCUUCAACAAGAAGUCGGGGCUUUACAAGCUGCCCAUCACGGGCGGCCUCGCCGUCAUGACGGUGGGCCUAGGCUUAAUGACGACGCUCGGCGUCGAUCGGAACUGGGCCAAGAUCAUACUGUUUCAAAUCAUCGCCGGCGUCGGCACCGGGCCCAACUUCACGGCACCCCUCGUCGCUCUGCACACCAACAUCGAGCCUCGAGACAUCGGAUCCGCCACGGCGAGCUAUUCCUUUCUCCGCCAGCUCGGCACCUCGACCUCGGUGGCCGUCGGCGGCGUCAUCUUCGCCAACGUCAUGACGGCUCAGCACGACGCCCUCGUCCGCACCGUCGGUGCUCCGCUCGCCGACCGCUUCGGAAGCGACCAGGCGACGGCCAACGUCUUCGCCGUCCGUGACUUGCCCCUCGGCGACCGUCUCGUCAUCCAGGAGGCCUACUGGAACGCGCUGCAGAAGAUGUUCAUCGUCUACGCCGCCGCCGCCUGCACGGGCUUCCUCAUCAGCUUCCUCGUCCAGCAGAAAAAGUUGAGCAAGUCUCACCUAGAGCACAAGACGGGUCUGGCGUCGCUGAAGCACCGAAACGAGGGCAAGGAACCCGCCAUGGACGAGGAGAAGACGGCGGCCCCUUGA